ACGACAAUGAUGUACUAAAAACAAAUGCGUUUUUCGCUUGCGAUUUUGAAAAGUUUCAUGUACAGAUGAUAACAUAGUCAAAGCAAAACGACUCCAAGCGCUGUAUUCUUCAUGCCAGGCCAGUAGGUGGCGAUGUGACUUUGUACAGAAACACUACGCGUCUGCACACAUACAGUCCUGUAGCUGUUUUUACAAAGUUUAAGACUUUUUAAUGACAGGGAGAAAGAAAAUAUCAAUAUUCUUUUUAUGGUAGUAUUAACUUUUUCUUGUAAUUUUUUAUUUAAAUGCUUAUUUAUAUUUACAAUAUUUUAUCCUACACAGUAAUGGGUGAGACGGAGGCCAGCACCACACCUGAAGAGAUCAGGGAUAAACAACUGAUCACUAUUACGAUACCUGAGAACACUUCCACAUCUUUGGACAAUGCUGAUAAACAAGAGAAUAUUUUCUCCAGUGUUCAAAACAAAGCUGGAAAUGACAUACAACACAACAAAGACCAAAAUAAAGACGAGUAUUAUAUGCAGAAUGAAGUUUCAGGAACUAAAAUGCUGAAAUUUAAAGUCUUUCGAAGUGUCCUUUCUUCUGAAGGCUACAGUGGAUUGGUGAAUCAGGGAGCCACAUGCUAUCUGAAUGCUGUUCUGCAACCACUCUUCAUGACAGAGGAGUUCAGAAAAGCCAUCAUGAAGUUAAAUGAAAGUGAGAUGAAAAGUGUUUCUUUUGAACUUAAAAAGUUAUUCAGCUGUUUAGAGUCUAAAAAUGGAUGUGCCACUACAAAUGAAGUCACAAACGCUCUAGGCAUUGGAAAUGUUUGUGAACAGCAGGAUGCAGCAGAAUGUUAUCAGAUGAUUCUGAGUAUGAUUGAGCCUGAACCAGCCAAGGUAUUCCAAGGAAACAAGAAAAACGUAACCACCUGUUUACAUGCGAACCAUGAUCCCAUUGAGGAAACAAUUUCAUUUUUUUCUUUGCCCAUUGCUAUGGACUCUGAUCAAAAUAAAAUUGAUGUACAAAAGAGUUUUGAAGCACAGUUUGAAGUAAUGCUUAUGGAUGGAGAAGAUCAGCUGUACUGUGAAAACUGUAAAGAAAUGAUGGACAUGGAAAUGUGUUGCACCAUUUCUGAAUUGCCGGAGGUCCUGACUCUACAUUUGCAGAGGUUUUAUUUGGAUUACAUCUACAUGACUUACAUGAAGAAUACCUGUCGUGUUAAAAUUCCUCUUCAGUUAUCAGCUCAGGAAGAGAGUGAUGUUCUUCACGAUUAUGAGCUGUAUGCUGUGGUCAAUCAUGUUGGUUCUCUCAGUGGUGGACACUACUAUGCUGACAUCAAAUCAUAUGAGGACGAGCAGUGGUAUCGAUUUAAUGACUCCAUGGUGAAGAGUAUUCACCCAAACUAUAAGAAACGGCAUUUCAUCUCUGGCGAGGCAUUAAUGCUUUUCUUCAGAAAAUCUUCAAAGCAACACAGACAUAAAGUGAAUGUUCAGCAAGAAAGAUCAGUCCCAAGAUCAGUCGAAUCUGAAAGUCUUCAGACUAAAAGGAACAGCAGCCCUGAAGACUCUGUCAAUCUGCCACAGCGGGACAUUGAUCACAUCUGUACUGGUACUGAAAACAAUCAUGAGUCUACAGUGAUCAGUGAAGAAGAUAUAGAGGCUCCUUUGAACACUAGUGAUUCCAGCACUGAGAAAGAAUCAAAUCCCCCACAAACCAUGACACCAGAUGCAGAAAUGCAGUUUGUUGAUGCUGAUCAUGACGAUCAGUCAAUACCAGACAUCUCUUCAAGUGCAGAAGUCAAUAUCCCAUCUGCAAAGCCUGAAAUCAUGCCUGAUAAUAGUCUUCCACAGACAACAGUAGGGAAGACGCCUGACACUACACUGAUAAUGGUCCAGCAGCCUGGAGAGGAUAAUCAUCCGUCUCCAGCAGACAUACAAGAUUCAGAAAUUACUGGGACCACUUUCUCGAAGGUCAGUCAAUCCACAUACACAAGACCAGAGCAACACACACAAAGAUGCAGUGAAUGCAAAAGACCUCAGACUAAGAUCAUAAUUCACAUCUGGAUGGAGCCUAAAGAGAAUCUGCCACAGCAGGACACUGAUCACAUCAGUACUGUAACUGAAAAUGCUGCUGAUGCUGAUUAUGAUGAUCAACCAACACCAAACCUUCAUUUUCAUGGAGAUCAUGUGAUCUUCUCAACAGAAAGACAACAAAUGGACCCUGAGCCCCAUGUAACUUCACACAAUGAGUCAGAUUCAGAUAAUGAUGACCCAGAAGCACAAUGUAACAGCUUGCUGGAACAAACAAAUGUCAAAAGAAGGAACAUUCCACCCUGGGUGUUUUUAUUUGGCUUUAUUCUGGGUCUUAUUCUUUUUUUGGUACUCAUUUUAUCAUUUUACCUUUAAAUGUCUGGCAGAAUUAUCAGAUGUUGAUUGUCAGAAGUAACGUGACUGAUCUGCUAACUGAAUCACCAUGUUUUUACCAUGUACCAUUUGUUUUUAUUUUUGUUUGUUGCUUAUAUACAGAACAUCAUGAUAUUAUUUUUUUUCUUGAAAUAUGCCAUUUAAAUGACUUGACGAGAAAUGACAUACAACCCGAAUUCCGGAAAU